AUGGAAAUUUUUCAAAAAAAUUUAAAAGAAUUGGUAUUAUCAAAAAAUAUCAAUGACAAUCCCUUUGAAGAAGACAACUACGAUUACCACUCGAUUGUUGGUGAUGUAGUUGUUAGCUAUUCAAUGUCGGAGGAGCAAAUCGAAAAACAGAAGAAGGUUAGAGAGAAUUGGCUACAGUGUUACAAUAUUUACAAUGAUAAGUCUAUCAGUGUCGAUAUGAGAAUUGAAAAAAUCAAAUCGAUUUUGUCGGAUUUUGAAUUUUCACAAUGUAAACUUUCUCAUUUCUCUCUACUUGGAAACCAUUUCGAAAUGCCUGUCGAUCUUACAUACAACAUUCCUGAUAUUCAAUACAAACUUCAUCUGAUUGGAAUAGGUCACCUAAGAGAAUUCCUAGAGUCAAUCAUUAACUCGAGAAUAAUAAAGAUCCCACAAAUCCAGAGAAUCAAGAAAUAUGAUAGAAGUGGUAAAGUAGCUAGCGCAUUACAAUCUAGUUUAGACAAUCAUGUUUAUUACAAUAUGUAUUUUAAUGAGAAUUGUUUAUUCCAAAGCGAUGGUUACCAAGAUCCAGAAUCAAAAGUAAAAUAUGAAACUUUUUUGUAUAAAGUAGACAAGGAAACCAAUAUCAAGACAAUAGUAAAGUUAUUUGUACCGAAAAGGAAUCUGUCCGAAUCAUUUUCUUUCAUGUACUUUGAAGGAAAUGACAAAUAUUCACCAUAUAAACGAUUUGAAUAUAUUUCUUUUGAUAUGGCAGAAUGUAUCAAUAAAUUUAAUAAUAAAUUCUACGAGCUGACGGGAAAAGAGUAUCCUCAGAAAGAUCCUUUCUUACCUACAGAUGGGUUCUUUGGUCAGCUACCAUGUAACAAAGCCCCUACAAUUAGAAUUCCCAAACUAUCAAAAAUAUUAUUUGGUGCACUUAGACAAAAUAUUUUAAUAUCACCAGAAAAAAUAGAUUCAUAUAUUGAUAAACUACCUGAUAGUCUUUUGGAAGAGUUCAUUUUUGACUGUUUAAAUGAUAAUACACCCAAUGGUUUUGAUUCCCUAUCAAUUGUUUUAUCGAAAAUUAGAAAUAGAUCAAUCAAGAAACCAUCAGAUUUCCAAAUUAUCAACUCUGCAAUUGAACACGAUCAUUGGUUUGCUUUUAGUUUUGAAAAGGAAAUAUCCCAGAGUAUAUUCGUACCAACCUACAACAACUCUUUCAAAAUGAAUGUUUAUGACAACUAUGAUAAGUUUAUAUUAAAAGAAUGGAAACCAAUAUCAGAUAAUGACUAUAUUUUUGAAAUCCCAAAUAAAUUGGAUUUGGGGUCACCUUCGAUAGUAACCAAGGAUGAAUUCAAGCAGAAUUUCAAGAUUUACUCAAAGGAUGUAAUCAAUGAUGAUUUCGAUUGGAGUAAUACAGUGGUUGCUGGAUCAACUUUAACUGCCUGCUUAACAGGUGACAUGGAGAAACAUGAGAGUGGUGACAUUAAUGUUUUCUUCUAUGGAAUUGAUAGAGUCGAGAUAACUUCAAAGAUAUUGAAAUACUACUCAAGUUUACCGAUUCACUCUAAACCAACCAUUGUACACAAUUUCAAAAACAUAAUAUCAAUCUGUUGUCACUAUCCAUAUAGAAAUAUUACAUUCCAAUUAGAACCAUAUAUUAGUAUCGAACAUAUUCUUGUAACAUGUGAUAUUAAUAGUUGUACUUUUGCCUAUGAUGGAACGGAAGUCUAUGGAUUGUAUAGGUCGAUGGAAGCAAUGAACUUUAGAGCGAAUGUGGUUUCUCAGUAUCUUUGGAUGAUUCACGGUGACAUUCAUUUCCAGAAUCGUAUGGUUAAAUACUUUGAGAGAGGAUUCUCUGUGAUUUCACCAGAAUACGAUUUCUUCAUUGAUAAUGAGGAUUUCCAUCCACACUUCUCCAAUACCGGUCUUACUUUGCUGGCAUCCGGUGCAAGAGAUCAGAACAUCUACGAUUUCUUGAAGAACCCAUUCGCCAAUGUACCGUACGGACCGGAUUUUAACAAAGAAAAUCUAGAAAAGAAACUAUCGCAAGACAACCGAUUCAACUUGGUUCCACACUAUGACCUCGGUGCAGUUUGUUGCGAUUCUCAAAUCAAGAGAAAAUUCACAUCAAUGUCAUCAAAUGUUGGUUCAUUCAUAAAUAUUGGACCAAGAUAUGAUUCUUUAUUGUAA